CCCCGCAGCCUGGAGGCAGCAGCGGCCCACACGGAGCGUCUCUCUUCCCGGAAACUGAAACACGAGGCGAGCAAAAUCAUUUUCCACCGGCUCUUUCUCUUUGUCCACCCACCUCCCUGCUGAAGCAACAUCCACAGCAACACCAUGGCGACUGUAGUAGACACAAAACUAUACGAUAUUCUCGGCGUGACUCCGAACGCUACUGAGAAUGAGCUGAAGAAGUCAUACCGGAAACUGGCAAAAGAAUACCACCCUGACAAGAACCCAAAUGCUGGUGACAAGUUCAAAGAAAUCAGUUUUGCCUAUGACGUGCUGACCAACCCUGAAAAGAAGGAACUGUAUGACCGCUAUGGAGAACAAGGCUUACGGGAAGGCGGUGGGGGUGGCCCCGGGAUGGACGACAUUUUCUCCCACAUCUUCGGAGGUGGACUUUUCGGAUUCAUGGGUGGCCAGGGGAGUCGGGCCAGGAAUGGAGGUCGGCGGAGAGGAGAGGACAUGGUCCAUCCACUCAAGGUGACACUGGAGGACGUUUACAACGGGAAAACGACUAAAUUACAACUUAGCAAGAAUGUACUGUGUAGCACUUGUAAUGGGCAGGGAGGCAAGACAGGUGCGGUACAAAAAUGUACAACAUGUAGGGGACGAGGCAUGCGCAUCAUGAUCAGACAGCUGGCCCCAGGAAUGGUCCAACAGAUGCAGUCUGUGUGUACCGAUUGUAACGGAGAAGGUGAAGUUAUCAGUGAGAAGGAUCGCUGUAAAAAAUGUGAGGGCAAAAAAGUCCUCAAGGAGGUGAAGAUCCUGGAGGUGCACGUGGACAAAGGCAUGAAGCACGGCCAGAAAAUUACAUUCGGAGGGGAGGCUGACCAGGCGCCUGGCGUCGAGCCUGGAGACAUCGUCCUCGUCCUGCAGGAAAAAGAGAAUGAGACAUUCAGGCGAGAUGGUAAAGACCUGUUCAUGAACCACAAGCUGGGGCUGGUGGAGGCGCUGUGCGGUUUCCAGUUCAUGCUCAAACACUUAGACGGGAGACAGAUCGUUGUGAAGUACCCCGCUGGCAAAGUCAUCGAACCAGCCGCAGUCAGAGUGGUGCGAGGAGAGGGCAUGCCACAGUACCGUAACCCCUUUGAGAAGGGAGACCUGUAUGUCAAGUUUGAUGUCCAGUUCCCAGAGAACAACUGGAUCAGCCCCGAGAAGCUUGUGGAGCUAGAGGACAUGCUGCCCUCACGGUCAGAGCCGCCCAUCAUCACGGCAGACACGGAGGAGGUGGACCUGCAGGACUACGACGUCAGCCAGGGCUCAUCAGGCGGGGGCCGCAGAGAGGCCUACAACGACAGCUCCGACGAAGAGGGGGGCCACCACGGCCCGGGGGUGCAAUGUGCCCACCAGUAGUCCUCACACACACUCACACACACCCACACAUGACCCAUGUUGUACUUGGGGAGAAAAUGUAAUGAGUUGCAGAGUAAACAAGGAGGUAGGUCGGAGUGAGAGGGCUUCCUCAGACACAGAUCAAAGCGACAUAUUGAAUCAAGGCACGGGGAAUCGCUGAUUGAUGUUAUCGACCCGUGUGCUCGGAUCUUUUUGAUCUUUGUCUGAAGAACUCGACACCGGGGCAGCCAAAGACUUUCCACUGCACCUGAAACAGAUUCAGACACUUUAAACGGCAAAUUCAGGUCGAAAUCAUUUAUUGUAUUUAAGAUGUAUCAAAACAAAAAGGUUGCCCCUGUGAAUGCCAUGUAGGACUUAUGACCCCCCCCCCCCCCCUUCUCCUACCCGUUUGUCAGCCCCCUUUAAAGACCAUUCCCCUCCGCUAAUGGGAGCUCCAGAUCUGUCGAAAGAAAGGAAUGUUUCUUGUUUGCCGAGUGUGUGACUUGCAUUUUGUUUUCAUAGUAUUUACAUAAUUAAUUUAAGAGCUACAUGCACAGACCAAGCAGCUGAGCAAUGUGAAGUGCAGAUCCUCGGGACUCGUGUGUUCAUGGUUUCCUCCACUCGGCGCUAUCUCUAGGAUUUGUUUCUGAUUUUUACAGCUUUAUUUCCUUUGUAGGUUUUUACUUGUUUAUUUUCCUUUUCUUUAUAUUUUAAUUCAAACAGAGAAUUGGUGUGUAUAUCAUUGAACUGGUUGUUGGUAAGCUUCUUCAGCUGCUGUACUCAAAGCUGUGUGGAUUUUAAAACUGAGGAGAACAUAAAGCCUGUAUCUGUGCUGAGACCAUGUGCAUGUUAAAAAGCUUUGGUUAUUGGUUACUUAUCAAACAUCAAAUGAAGCAGCACACUUCUUAAGAAAAUGUCGAUGAAGUUGUUGAAUAAAUUGUUGAAAUAUCA